GUGUUGUAAAUAGUGAUAAUCAGUUGUGAUCACAAACGGAUAAUAAUUAAAUGAAUAUACUACUGGACGCUUGGUGAAUUUACUGUGUGUGAAAAUCUAGUUCCAUCUUUCCUUUUUCUAACAUUUUAUCCAUAUCCUCUGUAAUCUCUUAACCAGAACUGUUUUUAUAUUCCACUAGGACCAGUUAACAUUAUUAAGAAAAGGUUUGUAGAAUGUGCGAAAUAGAUUUAUACAGAAAAACUAAAAUAGAUAUCCCAAUGUUGGCUGCUGGAAUGAUUCUAUGCAUAUUAAGUUGUUUGAUGAUUGCUGUUGGAAUAGCAAGAGUACGUGAAGAUGUUUGGAUAGCAGGGAUUCUGGUAGCUAUCGUCGGUCUACCUUUAUUCCUGUUUUCUUUGGUUGUAUUUUGUGUUAUUCGAACUAACAACUACAUAGAAGUUUAUCCAAAACAGUAUGUCCUUGGAAAGUUACCGCCUCCAACUUUCACUAGUAUACCUUCGACAAUUGGACCUUUGUAUCGUUCGCAAACACUGUUAAAAGUUUAAAAUAUUUUUAGUCUAUAUCUGAUCUCUUUUUACAAAUAACUUUGUUUUUUUUGUUUGUAUUAUCUAUGUCUCUUUUUACAUUUUAACUUC